CAGCUCCGGCUGCUGCUGCUGCAUACCUCUGUGAAGGGAGGAAGGGAGGAAAACUUUGGGUUUUUUUUUUUCUUUUUUUCCCAGGGAGGGAGGCGCUAUAUAUGAAGUCGGAACUGUGUCAAAAGUUACUGUACUUCGACCCACUGACAGAAGUGAAGAGUUGACUUUCUGCCGACGAGUGGAGACACACACACACACAGAGAGAGAGAGAGAGAGAGAAGUCAGUCGAUGAACGCCCCCUCGAGACUGUGUAACACAUCUUCUAUGCUGCUGAAAAGAGGUCCAAAUGCCCCAGGAUGGAUCAGGCACUUCUCAGCCACACGUCAGCUUCGGACCUGCUCCAGCCAGACAGCGAGGAGCUCCAGCUCAGAGUGGACUUCUUCAGGAAACUGGGUUACUCGUCGGCAGAGGUGAAGGCCGCUCUGAGAAAGCUGGGCCUGAGCACGGACACCAACUCCGUGCUGGGAGAGCUGGUCCGGAGCAGGACCAACAGUGCGCCCUGCGCGUCCAGUUCUGACAGUGAUAAGAGGGGCACAGGCCAGAGGGACUCUCUGCUGCCUCCCAGCUGGGCCCUGGGACCCUGCAGGAUCACACCGCAACUCGGGGACCAGAAGAGUACUGACACGGAAUUGAGGCCUGUCGUUAUUGACGGCAGCAAUGUUGCCAUCAGUCAUGGAAACAAGGAAGUGUUCUCAUGCCGUGGCAUCCAGCUCGCGGUGAACUUCUUCCUGGACAGAGGACAUGAUACCGUCACUGUGUUUGUUCCCACUUGGCGCAAAGAGCAGCCCAGGCCCGAUGCCCCCAUAAUAGAUCAACACAUCCUGUUGGAGCUUGAAAAACGGAAAAUAGUGGUCUUCACUCCGUCCCGCCGUGUUGGAGGUAAGCGAGUGGUUUGCUACGAUGACCGCUUUAUCGUCAAGUUGGCCUACGAGUCCGACGGAGUGAUCGUAUCCAAUGACACCUACCGUGACCUCCAAGGAGAGAGACCCGAGUGGAAGAAAUGCAUCGAGGAGAGGCUCCUUAUGUACUCCUUUGUGAAUGACAAGUUCAUGCCCCCAGAUGACCCUCUGGGUCGCCAUGGCCCCAGUCUUGACAACUUCCUUCGGAAAAAGCCUCUGCCUGCGGAUCAAAAGAGACAGCUCUGUCCUUAUGACAAAAAGUGCACUUAUGGCAUCAAAUGUAAGUUCUACCACCCAGAGCGGACAAACCAGUCCUACCUCUCCUUGGCAGAUGAGCUGAGAGAGAAAGCCCAGAUUUCGACUGUAAAAGAAGAGAGAAAUGCCAGGUUAUCACCCAGACAUCUUCAGUCCGAGCCCGGGUCGGCUCACAGUGCCUAUUGCCAUCAUCAAGACUCUAACACAGAGUACGGCGGAGCACAGAAAGGUUCUCUGCAUCCUGGUCAGGUUAGUGAAAAUAGACUGCUGUACAGAGAGGAUCCUAGAAAAAGUCCAAAUCACAUGCCCUGCUCUGUGACAGUCAACCACUGUCAGAAUGACUGGCCUGGGCUGCACACGAUGCCCAAUCAUUACUAUGCCAGCAUGUCUCACGAGUACCUGGAUUCUGGCCUCGGCUCUUACGAGAGUCAGUACUCCGAUUUUUGCCACAGCAACUCCCACAGGCCCAUGCCCCAACAGCCAAGUGCCCCCGCUGGACCCAGACAUGCCUCAGUGCAUAUAGAGAAAAAUAACACCAGCCAGUCCUGCAGAUGCUGUUCCCAAGUCCCACACUCAGCAGCUCAUCAGCAGCGUAACGGCAACCUGGACUCAAAGGUUCGACCCAAAUACGACACCUACCCUCCCCACAUGUUCCCACCUGGCGUGCAACACCACAGCAGCCUCCCCAGCCAUCUCCACUACAGCGGAGCCCCACAUCAUCAGCAGAAUUACUGGUCAGAUCCCUUUCAGGGGCUUCCACAAGCCAGGACGUCACAUAGUCUCCCCUCCUCGGCCCAUACCUCACAAGGCCACAGCUCCUGCUGCUCUCACGAAGGCCAUCGGUACCAUUCUUGGGGCCAACAACAGUCCUUCUCCGCUGCUUUUGACCCACAAAGGCUGGAGCUCCGCAAGAAUCUGCACACCAUCUUCAACCCUCAGGAGGUGGAUACAGUCAUGACAAUGUUCCCACAUCUGAUGGAUGCGGAAAAAUUAGCUGCAGAGAUCCUCAAAUUGAAGACUCAGAGAGGGAUAUUCUGAGGACUUUUCUUCCGCUGUGUCCUCUUCAGUCAGAACUAACAUGGUACAUGUGUUGACGCUCCGUCAUAGCAAACAAGGAAUGUAUUGAGAAGUUUUUAUCGCGUCUGGUGUUGAGUGAUUUGAAAGCUUCAAUCUGUCUAAAGUGCCAUUAUGGAUUUGCAACGUGCCUUCGUAUUUAUGAAAAGCUUAGAUGAUCUUUUCUGAGUUUUAAUGCAUUUGUAUGACAUAGUAGUCAAAUGUGACCUUGUCCUCCAUGUUCUGAAUGGGAAGUGCCUCUAGACCGGAUAGUUACUGCCGAGUUUCUAGAGUUUUGACUGUUGAUGCAUAUUGUGUCAAAUGUGACGUAUAUUAAUCAUUGUCCAACAGUAAGUUCUCAGAUGAUAUGAAAUCAUGGUUUAAAGUAUUAUUUUUUUUCUCUGUAAUCAUGGUAGUUCUCUAGAACAACUUGCUGUGCAAUGUUAUCUCUGUGAGGUGUGACGAUAGCGUAUUUCAACAUGCAGGAAAUACAGUGAAAAAUCCUUGUUCAACAGUGAAACUGAGAAUAAGACGUUGACCACAGCGAGAGGAAUUCGCUGGUGUGUCGACACCUUUUUCCUGUAAACCAGAAUCAGUUUCAUCGAACGUUCUCAGAACAAGUGUUGCCAUAACAUCAUACAAGUAUUUGGGGGGUUGCGGUGCGAUUGAGAGUUGACGAUAGAAAUGUGAAGAUUUAGUUCUCAUGAACAUGCAGAUUUGUGUUCUUUAUGAAAAUCAUUUUUUUGCAAACGUGUGCUGUAAGAUUAAUUUGUGAUAAGCAUGUGUAGGAAAAACCAUGUCACAAAAAUUAAAACAUGUCAUGUCUCAGAUA